AUGUAUCCACACAUUCCAAGUGAAACGACGUCGUUUCACUUUAAUAUUGUUUUCAAAACAGUGCAAUCAAAACGACGUCGUUUCAUUGAAGGAAAAAAAAAAAACAAGGAGUCGUCUUCCUCGCGAAAGUUUCCAGAUCUGGCUCGCCUUGCUCCGCCUCGCUCCGCCUGGACAAGCCUUGUAACGCCUCCUCAUUCCUUCCCGGCGCAAAACGUGCAGAUCACUAAACAUCAGACGGCCUCGGGCGUUUUCCUGCCGCGCGCUCCUUUGACAACACUGGUUAACACUAGCUCCGUCUCCAAAUUCAGACCAUCGCCUCCAGAUCUCUCUCGAGUCUCGCCACCACCAUUUUGCGGAAAUGCAGGGCUUGAAGGCUCGGAUCCUGGCCUCCGUCACCGUGCUGCUGUGUCUUGUCCAUUGUGGCUUGACGACGCCAUUGAGCAACUCCGAGCUCGUGACCGAGUCAGGCACGCACGAGUCUUGCAAAACGUGGCCGGCAGCGUUGUGGACUUCCCAGUCUAUGGCACCUCCGAUCCAAUGGUGGCCGGAGUAGGGAAUAUAUAA